CCUGAACAGUGGUGCAUGUGGCGGGCCUUGUGUAGGCCGCUGUGGCCUCGGGCACGCUCUGUGGGUGCCGCUGAUCUUGUUGUCCCGUUUUCUGUUCACCUCCCGGCACAGCACCAAGUGCCAGGCGGGCCGCUAUAUAACACACGCUGGUUCAAGCUGGAGCAUCAGACGUUGUCCUGCAUCUCGCACACCAACAUGAAGGUCCUGAGCGUCAUCCUGCUGGCUGUGGUGCUGUUCCUGGGUAUGGUCGCCGCCCGUCCCAAUGACAUCCUCAACGUGGACAUUCCGAAUCUGAGCCACGAGCAGGAAGGCAUACCCGGCCAGGCCGUGCAUGGCGAGUACGAGGCGCUGGACGCCUUCGGGAACUGGUACAAGGUGGAGUACGUUGCUGACGAGAAAGGAUUCCGCAUCGUGUAGUUGGUGACGACAGUGACGUCUGCUGAGGCUCCGCCGACAACAACACCUAACAUUUCAUCAUUGCUCACCUUCUGCUGGUGACGCCGCCGCGCCGCUCAGCCUCAUUCAGGGCGCGGUUAGCGUCACCUUCUACGUUGUAACUUUCCCUCUCUUCUUUGUCAGACUCAGACUCAUGAAUGUUUUUUUUCCAUCAAUAAAACCAUCUCAAGUU